AUGAGACUCCUAAAUACAAGGACACUCGAGCUCGAGAACUUCGCCACGCCUGAGGAAGCACGCUAUGCCAUACUCUCGCACACAUGGGGAGAGGGGGGAGUGAUAUUUGCAGAUGUUCAUUUGCCACAGAAAGAAACCAGAGGGUGGGAAAAGAUCCGGCGGAGCAGCGAAAUCGCCACCAAUCUGGGAUUCGCGUACAUAUGGAUUGACACGUGUUGCAUCGACAAGACCAGCAGCGCAGAGCUGUCCGAGGCCAUUAAUUCCAUGUAUCAGUGGUAUGAGAAAGCCGAGGUCUGCAUCGCCUUUCUCGAGGACUUGGUCACAAGUGAUGAUCCGUCGACGCCAUAUUUUGCUCAGUGCCGUUGGUUCUCCAGAGGAUGGACGCUGCAGGAACUGAUUGCCCCUCCGGAGCUCCUCUUCUACUCUCAAGACUGGGAGCUCAUCGGCACACGAACCUCCCUCAAGAGCAUCAUCGCAGAGGUUUCCAGCAUACCCGAAGAAAUACUCGAAGUAAAUACCCGCAGCCAGCGAGAGCGGCUCGACGAGUGUUCAGUCGCGGAAAAGAUGAGCUGGGCGGCUAACCGCACGACUACGAGGCCGGAAGACCUGGCGUACUGCCUUUUAGGUAUAUUCGACAUCAACAUGCCGCUGCUUUACGGAGAGGGCCAGGUCAAGGCCUUCAAGAGGUUGCAAGAGGAGAUCAUCAGGUCAACAGAUGAUGACUCCAUAUAUGUCUGGAGAUACCCCGAAGCAAAAGCCAAGAAGCAGCACUUUUGGGGACUUUUGGCGGACGAUCCCUCAGCAUUCGCCCGGCGGCACGGUGAUGCGCGUGCCAUCAAACGAGCGCGGUACCUCACAUGCCGUUCCAACAACGAUACAGCAAUCUCCAACCGCGGCCUCACCGUCGAACUCGCCCUGACACCCCUCCCCGAGGACGAAUCAGGCACCGUCUUCGUCGCGUUGUUAGACUGCGACAUACAACGCAACGGAUCCUCCGAGACGAUGACGCCCGGCAUCAUCUUACAAAGGACGACUUGGCACAACGACGCCGAAUUCUUGCGCAUCCGUCCCAGCUCUCUGCUCAUAGUUGCCCUGAACUGCAUCGUCAUGGCCGAAGACAGCAGCGGAAACGGAGUUGCUCCUCCCCCGAAGCAUGUUCGCCUUGCGGAAGCGAGGCCACGACAGGUGUUCGUCCCGCACAAGCUGUCUCCGCCGCGCUCCCCUCGUGGAAUCCUGUUUCGUCCAAAGGUCACUUUACCACUCAAAUCACGAGGUUAUAGGCGCGAGCUUGACGUCAAUGUGCUCUCGAAACCUUCAGACUGGCUACUUUACAGAGAGCUGUGCACAAGUGACACGACGAAGGAAUUGGCGAUUAUUUUGCGACCGCAGCGUUCUGUUGGGAUGGAGUUGUACGUACUCCAUUCUGAUGAGUCGUCGGACCUAGGCGUCACGGAGCCCAAGCAGGCGAUGAUGCUGGGGUCCUUGGAGCUUGCGAUCUGGGGACGCGCUGGAAACCUCUGGCUUGUAUGCCUCGUUGCCGGGCUCGAGCCGUCUCCCCCUAAUCCCUUUGGCACCCCAUCGCUAUACACGGUGCCAUGGUAUGCAUUCGUGGACAAGGACGAGGUUUUAGCGGGUAAGCUGGACGAUGUGUUGGACAAGAAGAACGGGAUAGAGGCGGUGCCACGUGGAGUGUUGAACGCUCAUUUCGAGUUGGAGGCGCGGAACUCGAAACUAUUCUAUAAACUUGUGUUGGGAGCGUUCUCUGAUAGGGAGCAAUAUGAAGAAAGUGAGGAUGAUUUUUGA